AUCGUCGCUGAGCCACGCCUCUCAGAUGUUCCCGCCAGAUGGCGCUGACAGAUGAAUGCAGCGAAAGUUGCAGUACGGCGACGAGGGUUCGCGGAGAAGCUGGUAGACUACAUGAGGAGGAGGUUCCAACAGACACCUGAGGAGGAGUUGGAGGAGAGCACUACUCUGCCGCCUCGCUACCGCCCCGAGCCGCCGGACGCGCUCGCCCGCGCGUGUCGCUUCACACCGCAUGAGAUCAAACUCAUGUACAGGGGAUUUAAGCAGGAAUGCCCGACGGGGAUGGUGGAUGAGGAGUCCUUCAAGAAUAUAUUCUCGCAGUUCUUUCCAAUCGGAGACGCGACUCAGUACGCGCACUACGUGUUCAACACUGUCAAACAUAAGCAAAGGGGGAAACUUAAUUUUGAGAUGACGGAGGAGGUCGCUCCUCGCAAAGCCAAGCGACGCGGCCGACGUUCAUCCUCCACUCAGAAGACGCGGUGA